UCACGUCGGGGUCACCAGAUGUGGUGGUCUCCCAUGGAGAAUGAGACACGCAUGCAGAUAGUUUGGUACAAAAGUUACCGUGUUGGUUGUGCUGCUGCCUAUUGUCCUUCAUCGGAGUACAGCUACUUCUAUGUUUGUCAGUACUGCCCAGCAGGAAACAUCAUAGGUAAAACUGCUACUCCAUAUAAAUCCGGGCCACCUUGUGGGGAUUGUCCUUCCGCUUGUGACAAUGGAUUAUUCACAAAUCCUUGCACAAAAGAAGAUAAGUACACGAAUUGCAAAAGUUUGGUCCAACAAGCUGGCUGCCAGGAUAAAAAGAUGCAGUCAGACUGCUCUGCUAUUUGCUUCUGCCAAAAUAAAAUAAUAUAGUGGGCUUCCCAUUCAAUAUUUUUUAUUUUUGCCGGAAAUAUCUUAAAAUCAUGGCAUCUUUUAGUAUCAGCAAAUUCUUACUUGACAUUUGAUUUCAUAUACUUUGCAUGAAUGUCCUAUGAAUGUCUAAGGGAAACAUCAGCAGGAGUAGAGGCUAGGGAUGAAAACUGUAAGUUCAAAGGGUC